AUGUUGCGCACUGCUAUUGUCGUUUCGCUCCUCGCCGCCGCGGCCCAUGCAAGGUCUGUUCUGGUCCCUCGCGACGAUGAAAACUCUCAGACCAGGCAGUCCAAGCGAGGCGAUGUCCUGAUGAACAACUGGUGCGGCCCUGUCAAGCAGGUGAACCAGGUAACCUCUGUCGAGGCGAGCUGGGCCGUUCCCUCUGUCUCGCGACAGCAAGGCACCACAGAUGAUAACUGGUUCUACCACUGGGUUGGCAUUGACGGCGUGGGAAAUUGCAAUGUUCUGCUGCAGGCUGGCACUGGUUCCACUAUCUACAACGGCUUUACCGACACGUACGCCUGGUACGAGUUCUAUCCAGGCAACAUGACUUACGCGCGUGAGGUGCCGGUUGCUCCAGGAGACAAUGUCUACGUCAGUGUCCUCGCAACAUCCACCACGACUGGUACAAUCUACAUCGAGAAUCUGACAAGCAGGAGGUCGCACACCUACUACCUGCAGAGCGAUUUUGGCGCUCUAUGCCUGCAGCACGCCGAGUGGAUCGCUGAAGCCCCCGGCAUGCCUCUCCCCAACUUCUCGACAUUUAGCAUGACGGGAGCGAAGGGGGCGACCGCGGGGGGACAGACCUUUGAUAUGCAGGGCUCGGACAUGGACUACAUGUACCACUUCGGGCCUUGCCACGCGCAGCUGCAGGGCGGUUCAGAUGUAACGUUCUACAACAGUGUCUAG